AUGGCUGGCUAUAGCGAAUACAUGCCAUUCAUGGCCAUGGUUUUGGUCCAAGCGAGCUAUGCAGGAAUGAACAUUAUUUCAAAGCUUGCUAUUGAAUCUGACAUGGACCCUCUUGUUCUUGUUGCUUAUCGUCAAGUUUUCGCCACCGCUGUCAUUGCUCCCUUUGCUUAUUUGAUGGAAUGGAAAACAAGACCGAAGAUCACGUUGCCUAUUCUCUUCCAGACGUUUCUGUGCUCAUUAACUGGGGCCACUGCAAAUCAGGUUUUUUAUUUUCUCGGUUUAAAGACUUCGACCGCAACGAUUGCAUGCGCAUUGCAAAACACACUUCCGGCCAUGACAUUUAUCCUUGCAGUCAUUUUCAGACAAGAAUCUGCAAAGCUCAAGAGCAAAGCAGGGCUAUCUAAGGCGAUGGGAACAAUUGUGUGUGUAUCUGGAGCUAUGUUACUUUCAUUUUACCAUGGACACAUCAUUGGUCUAGGUGACUCCAAAAUUCACUGGACUUAUGCUCAGAGAAUGGGAGAAGCAAGUUCCAGCACCAAAUCAAGCUCCUUUAUUGGCCCCCUUUUUGUCAUCUUAAGCACCUUAGGUUGGGCAUUCUGGUUCAUAAUCCAAGCUAGAGUAGGGGAAAGCUUUCCAGCUCCUUAUACAAGCACCACACUGAUGUGUUUGAUGGCCAGCUUUGAGUGUGGGAUCAUUGCUGUAAUUGCUGAUCACAAAGCGGCUUCAUGGUCUCUAAAAGAUCCCAUUAGGCUUGUUGCAUCCCUCUUUGCUGGAAUUAUGGGUUCUGCACUAGCAUUCUUCCUCUCUUCAUGGAGUAUUCAGCUAAAAGGCCCUCUUUACGUGUCCGUGUUUAGUCCCUUGCUCCUCAUCAUUGUUGCCAUUGCAAGCUGGGCUUUGCUCGAUGAGAAAUUAUACGUUGGAACUGCUGUAGGGUCAGUUUUGAUUGUUGCCGGGCUCUAUCUUGUUCUGUGGGGGAAGAAUAAGGAGACGAAGGAUGAGAAAGAGGAGAUCGAUCGAUCAAGACAAACAGAUCACAACAGCAGAUCCCAAAGUUCACAAUCUGUUACAUUGAAUAUCUAUGCUACCAUUUCAUUUCCAUCUAGAAGUCCGUCCAUGAUGAGUCCUCUCAGCAUAAUAUAUAUAAAACGUUGAUCAUCAAUCCAUGCAUGCAUUUGGAAGUUUCUGUAAUCAACAUUAAUAAACCCUAAUUUCAUGUCAUGUCAAUCAUAAUUUAUGUUUUGAUUGAACUAUAUAUUAAGCAGUAGUUCUAUAUUUCUAAUA